AAGGAAGGGGGAGGAGUAGGGCAGUAGCUUUGGGGAUGGAGGGGAACGUGCCCUGCUAUUUUGCUAUAGUUUGGGAGGAGCUGAUGUGACAUGCCUGGGACUCAGUGAGCACCGAGUGAACGCUGGAGGUGUGCUGUCUGCACCAGUGACCUGAAGCUACCUUAUCCACCCUGUGGGCUCCCUCCUCAUCAGUUUUUCUGUACAUGUGUUUGGGGUAGAGGCCUUCUAUGCCAUGGGAAACCAUUUUCUGCUGGUGGUAUGGGAGGAGCGCACCGAAAGAUGUCUGCCUUAUUGUUCCUGAACGUGUAUUUCUCUGCUGUCACUUCCAGAGCCUCCUGAGAUUCUGCUUGGGCACCUCCAGCAUUUGGCCUCUGCUCAGGUCAGACAGUUCUCUCCUUAUUGGCAUAAAGCCUUAUGAGAGAAAAAAGCAACUAACAAAACACAGAAAUAAGAAGGAUUAUUCAAUAUGCAGUUUGCAGGAUGCCCAUGGCAACAUUGAAAAUGAAUUCCUUAUUUUCACCAGAUAUUCUUAUAUGAGAAGACACGUUUCAAACAGUUUGAAUCGUUUUUCUUCUGUUGGACCAGCAUGGCAGGAUUCAAGCGAGGAUACGAUGGGAAGAUUGCUGGAUUGUAUGAUCUGGAUAAAACCUUGGGCCGAGGUCACUUUGCAGUGGUUAAGCUUGCCAGGCAUGUCUUUACAGGUGAAAAGGUGGCAGUAAAAAUUAUUGAUAAGAUAAAGUUGGACACACUAGCCACUGGUCACCUUUUCCAAGAAGUGAGGUGCAUGAAACUAGUGCAGCAUCCCAACAUCGUGCGUCUCUAUGAAGUGACUGACACCCAGACCAAACUGUAUCUCAUUCUGGAACUUGGGGAUGGAGGAGAUAUGUUCGAUUACAUAAUGAAACACGAGGAGGGACUUAAUGAAGACUUGGCCAAGAAGUACUUUGCUCAGAUAGUUCAUGCUAUAUCUUAUUGCCAUAAACUCCACGUGGUUCACAGGGACUUGAAACCUGAGAAUGUGGUCUUCUUUGAAAAACAAGGUCUUGUGAAGCUGACGGACUUUGGUUUCAGCAACAAAUUUCAGCCGGGGAAGAAGCUCACUACCAGCUGUGGGACUCUCGCAUAUUCUGCGCCAGAAAUUCUGCUUGGGGAUGAGUAUGAUGCACCUGCAGUAGAUAUAUGGAGUCUGGGAGUGAUCCUUUUCAUGUUGGUAUGCGGGCAGCCACCCUUUCAAGAGGCCAAUGACAGUGAAACAUUGACAAUGAUCAUGGAUUGUAAAUACACGGUCCCAUCCCAUGUGUCUAAAGAAUGUAAAGACCUGAUCACCCGGAUGCUACAGAGAGAUCCCAAGAGAAGGGCCUCUUUAGAAGAGAUUGAAAACCAUCCUUGGCUUCAGGUGGACCCUUCGCCAGCCACCAGGUAUAACAUCCCCCUGGUGUCCUACAAGAACCUCUCAGAGGAGGAGCACAACAGCAUCAUUCAGCCCAUGGUGCUCGGGGACAUAGCGGAUCGAGAUGCCAUUGUCGAAGCCCUGGAGACCAACAGGUACAACCACAUCACGGCCACGUACUUCCUGCUUGCCGAACGGAUCCUGAGGGAGAAGCAAGAGAAAGAAAUCCAAACCAGGUCUGCCAGCCCCAGCAACAUCAAGGCCCAGUUUAGGCAGUCGUGGCCCACCAAAAUCGACGUGCCCCAGGACCUGGAGGAUGACCUCACCGCCACUCCCCUGUCCCACGCGACCGUCCCUCCGGCUCCUGCUCGGGCUGCCGACAAUGUCCUCAAUGGCCACCGGAGCAAAGGCCUGUGUGACACGGCCAAGAAAGACGACCUCCCCGAGUUGGCUGGGCCGGCAUUGUCCACGGUGCCGCCGGCAAGCUUGAAGCCCGCGGCCAGUGGGCGGAAGUGUCUGUUCCGGGUGGAGGAAGACGAAGAGGAGGAUGAGGAGGAUAAGAAACCCAUGUCCCUCUCCACGCAAGUGGUCCUGCGCCGGAAGCCCUCGGUGACCAACCGGCUGACCUCGAGGAAGAGCGCCCCGGUGCUGAACCAGAUCUUCGAGGAAGGGGAGUCCGACGACGAGUUCGACAUGGAUGAGAACCUGCCUCCCAAGCUGAGCAGGUUAAAGAUGAACAUCGCCUCCCCAGGGACGGUUCACAAACGCUACCACCGGAGGAAAAGCCAGGGCCGCGGCUCCAGCUGCAGCAGCUCGGAGACCAGCGACGACGACUCGGAGAGCCGCCGGCGGCUCGAUAAAGACAGCGGCUUCACCUACUCCUGGAACCGCGGGACAAGCAGCGAGGGGCCGCCGGGCAGCGAGGGCGCCGGGGAGCUGGUGCAGAGCCUCAAACUCAUGGGCCUCUGCCUGGGCUCUCAGCUCCGCGGGGGCACCAAGUACAUUCUUGACCCGCAGCACGGCCUGUCCUUCUCCAGUGUCAAGGUCCAGGAGAAGUCCACAUGGAAGAUGUGCAUCAGCUCCGCGGGCAACCUGGGCCAGGCCCCCGUGGUGGGCAGCCUCAAGUUCUUCUCCGACCACGUGGCGGACAGCACCACUGAGCUAGAACGGAUACAGAGCAGGAACCUGAAAAACAACGUGCUCCAGCUACCUCUGUGCGAAAAGACCAUCUCUGUGAACAUCCAGCGGAUCCCCAAGGAGGGGCUGCUGUGCGCCUCCAGCCAGGCCACCUGCUGCCGCGUCGUCUGACAGUGGCCGCCUGGCCACUCGCACUCUUCCUGCUCAAAGCAGUGAAGACCCGCUCCCUUCACUGUUUGCUCUCGGUUUUACCCUCUCAGCGGGCAGUUAUUUAUUACGCUUCCCUUCGUUCGCCUGGCGCUGUGACAAUGCAUGGUCCUUGUGCAUGCUGCUGCUAGACACUGCUUUUCUGUUCCAGCCGAAAAGUCAAUCUCGUGUGUCACUUUUACAUUCAGAAUUUUAGUGUGGAUGAUCAGGAUUAAAUUAAAAUGUAUAUUUGGUACCUAAUAUAAAUGGAGCACUUAGAAAUUUGAUGUUCCGCACUUAACCUAGACAGAGAAAACAUGCUUGUAUUUCCUUGUUGAAAAAUCUAAAUUCCUGUCCUGACCUUGUUACACGGAGACUCCGUGCUGUGGGGCACACUCUGGUGUCCGAUACAGAACCAAAGCAAUAACGGUGAGAUGCCGACAGGCCUGGAGCCCGCGGACGUACCCGCCAGCUUUCGGAGGCUGCGCGGGACAGAGUACAGCCAACGUCUGCACUAGAACCUUAAACCGAGAUUUCAACAUACCCACACCUGUUUGUCUUAAGCUAUAGUGUGAAAAAAGUUUGGGCUCUUAAAAAUUAACUGAAAAAGAUUUUCUUGUUUUGUAAUAGGUGAGAUAAAGUACUUAGAUUUAUAAGGCAGCUUCCCCUGUAGUGGUAAAUGACAAGCAGACAAUCUUAUUUUGUAAUGUGUGAACUGAUGAUGUCUUAACUCUACUUAUAGAGUGUGUCUGUGUAACAGAACAAAAUGACGCUCGUGUAAACUCCUUCCCGCAGGGCACAGCCCAGGGUUUCCUUCAGAACCAUGUAGAUAGAAGAAACUGUAGGGCCUAACGUGGAGGCAAAGUGCACUCAGAGAGGGCAAAGUCAAAACCCGGUCAUUGAAAAAAACAUAUAUAAACACAUAUAUAUACACAUGGAUUGAUUUUUACGAGUUUGGUAAUUAGGUUGUCUCUUUUGUUACUUCCAUUUUAUAUCCUUUAGCUCAAUUAGCUAUGACAAUUGGCUAAUCAAAAAAUACACAUAAAAGGGUAGAAUGCACACAAUCAACAAACAAAACCUGCUUCAGUUUUGGUUUUUUGCUGAAAAUAUUUGUCACUUUGCCUUCCUGCCAAAACAAUAAUCAAGAACUCUUGCUUUAAACUAUUCCUGUACAGAGACUCCUUUUGACCAGAUAAUCAUCUUUAAAUUUUAUCUGUAGGCACAGUGUAUUGCACAUUGCUGAUUGCGGAAGGGGCCAGAUGCUACUUUUCUAUGCUGUGCCCCGAGGGGUCUUAGAUGCUUUAGCCGCAUUGGUGAUAGGAUGCGGCUGGGCCCGGGCCUUCCCACGCUCAUCAGCCUCCAGUGAGGUGUCUGGUCCACACAGUGGCGCAGCCCCAGGGGACGGCAUGCCAUUGGGCAAUGCCUCCACGUAUACACUGACCUUGCUACGUUAGUACCCAUCUGUUUUACUCAGAGCUCUGAAUUUCACUGUAUACUUACUAGACUAAGUAAAGAUGAUACUUCAAAUACUUCUUUUACUUUCUAGACCUAGGCUAGAUGUGUUUUAAGCUAUAGCUCUAGUUCAGUGUGAUAUUUAUAAUUGAAAGCUAUGAGAAUAGGUGUGUGGGUGAAGCCAUAGAACACAUUUGCUUGAAAUUCUUGAGCAGGGAUCUUAUAAAGGGCCAGAAAUAAGAUUUGUGGUUCACAUAGACAGUGAGCGUAACAUCUGUAUUAAACAUAGGAGAGAAGUUUAUAAAGGGCAUUGGCAAUAAACUCUUUGUUGCAGCUGUUUUCCAAGCAAUGUAAAUACUUUUUCCUGUGAUUAUGUAUAGCCUUGGAAUGGCACAUUUGAACCCGUAUGUGUUCGGUUUUCGUUGUGUUUUUUAUAUUCAGAUGUAUAUAUGGUGCUCACUCUAGGAUCAGCAGUGUUGACCAUUUAUGCUGCAUAGCUGUAUUAUAGCCUUAUUAGUUGUGUGUGGUUGGUUGGCCCUCUGGGUAGACAGAUGUUAGUCUGAGUGGUGUCUUACUCCUUUGUUCCUAACUGAGUGACUGUGCAUGUGUUGUAUGCCAUAGUAUGUUGUCCCAUAAAAGAGAGGGAGCGAAUAACCAUUACAUUAAGAUAAUAUUGGACCAAACUACUUACUUGCUCUAAACAGUUUCUUGUACCCCUUAACCUGUCUUCAGAAGUUGCAUAGAGUUACAGUAGUGUGUAAAUUAAAUAUUGUGGACAAUUAGUCUUGUAUUUUUCUGUAUGUGUGUGUAUAUAUAUACAUAUGUGUGUGUAUAUAUAUAUAUAUAUAAAAUAUGUACUUCUGACAAUUCUAUCUGUAUUUAAAGAUGUGACAAUCUUGACACCGACUUUAAGAAUAGCCGUGAGACUGAAUCAAAUUAAAGGUAUUUCUACCACGUAAGCGCUGAUGUGUGUGAAGCGUAUACAGAAUGAUCAACUGAUUGGUCAUUUGCGUCCACUGCGGGUUGAUUUUCCUCGCCGUGUGAACAUGGACAGGUCUGUGACAAGUGGGAGAAAACCCAAACAAUAAAGUGGCAUAUUGGUGUUCAGCAAUA